AUGGAGCCCACAUCAUACUCGCUACAAGAUGUCGAAGAAAUCAUUCGCGUCUGUACGUAUCACAGAUAUGAAUUUGAUGAUCUUCUCGUUCGGACGCCAGACUCGAAGCUUCAGGCGCCAUUUCUGCAACGUACAUUCAACACACCGCUGUCCUCUAAUCUUGGGGAUCUAGAUUGCCUUCCCAAAGAGGUCAUGGUCAUGAUACUUGUGUAUUUGGACAUUGCUUCAUAUCUUCGGUUCCGCGCUGUCAAUAACCGAGCACGAGAUCUGGCAACGGACAAUCGUGAAUACAACCAAGUCGUGACACACGGAUUAGCGGGGUUCAAAACGCUGCUCAGAGUACAGGCGGCACAGCUCUUCACCAUACGUACCUACUAUCAAGCCCUUAUCAACCCUGAAUGCUCCAUGUGCGCAUCUUUUGGGACCUUCAUGUCUCUUGCCACCUGUGAGCGCUUCUGCUUCACAUGCUUGGAGAUCUCGGUGGAUCUUCGUGUCUUGGCCAUACCAGCCCCGAAAAGCUAUUGCAGGGCAGUCAAUCUAUCAAGACGGGACAUCGAGCGAGUGCUCGAGCCCAAACUACGAGUCGUAUAUGGGAAAUACUCGUUAGUGUCAUGGCCUAAAGUCAGGAAGCCAAGGUAUCUGGUCCACGUCAACGAUGUGUUCCGAAAAUUACCUUUGCUCGGUCCCGACAAAUCCAUUCACUAUUGGAACAUGGGCUGCUUACCAGAACACCAAUCUCACAUGGAUGUCUAUCACCAUCACUGUUAUCGAUACAUGGCCAGUACAGCGUUUCCGUGGUUUGACCCCAGGCGAAACAAACUCGAGAGUGGACUGAGCUGCAAAGGAUGUAACUUUCGUGUUGAACGGUAUGUUGCUGCAAAUCCUCACAGUGGGAGUCCGCCCUGGGGGUUUAAUGACAGGGAUCGAAUUUACGCAGAGAAAGGAUUUCUGCAACACUUCAAGUUAUGUGAGCAUGCAAAGGAGGUAUGGGAAUCAGCCCGAGAGCGUCAGGUCAUCCCGGAGUCCAGAUUCACGCUGGAAGGUGGUACUGUCGUCAACCAACGGUCGCGGCGCACACAGAACUGGUAG